UGUUUUUGUUACUUAUUGUUUUUUUUACAUUGAACUAAACUUUUCAAGUUCCUGUUUCGGUUUUUACAAAUAUGUCGCUGGACAGUGAUAUCGCGCAUAUAAUUUCUGCUUAUAAGCAGGAAAUUGGUUUGGAUGACCGGCUGAGCAGUGAUGAUUCUGCUCAACAUGGGGAGAGCAAUUCAGAGGAAGUGAUAAAUGACAUGAAAAACGAACCACUCGAUAGCGAUGGUGAGAGUUCCGAAAGUAACAACGAUGGACACAAAUCCAUCUUGAAAAAAGAUGCUGAUACCGGCUUGGACAGCGCAGAAGACGAACCUCAAUUCGCCGAGCUCGAUGAACAAACGGCAAUCAGUCGACCGAAAGAUGACAAAGAGAAGCAAUUGAUGAACCUGGUCUUCGGGGGAAAAGCCGAACUUGUAUCCAACCUUGAACGUGAAGCUAGAAUUCAUAGCGAGAGUGAGGAGGAUUCCGUGGCCGGCGACCGAAAACGGCCAAUUCGGACACCUGCUUGGCACGAUUCCGACGACGAUGAAGACGGAGAUUUGCCGCGCAAGAAACGCAGAGCUACGGUCGACCGACAGAGGAAAAACUUCGAAAAACUGUUUGGGAAACAGAAAUGGGCGGAUUUAGAUAGACAGCGUGAAAUCGAUUCCGACGAUGAAUUAUUGACAACGAUUGGUCAUGUAGUGAAAGGAAAAAGUACGGACCUUCCAAAGGAGAAUAUUGAGUUGAAACGGUUGAAGAACUUAAAUCGAGAGACUAAAAAUGAAGGCGAAAUAACAGCGAUUCUGUUUCAUCCCACUUCGAUGGUUGCUGUUAUGACUGGUAUGAAUGGAUUGGCAUCAAUCGUGGCCGUUGAUGGUACCAAAAAUGAAAAGUUACAUACGAUUGGAUUGAAGAAAUUUAAGAUUGCUUGCUGUCGAAUGACUCCGGAUGGAAACGAGCUGGUGAUGGGGAGUUUUCGAAAGUUCUAUCAUAUUUACAACAUGAUCUCCGGAGAAAGUGACACCCUUCAGCUUAAAGGGGAAGGUGUUUGGAGCAUGAAGAACUUCGAGAUAUCGAAAUGUGGUAAAUACUUAGCGGCUGCGGGUGGAUUCGGAGAAAUUCAUUUGCUAGAUGCUAGGAGUAAGGAACUUUUAACAACUAUUCAGCAGAAACAUUGCUGUUCAUCAUUAUGCUUUACACCGGAUUCAAAGUAUCUUUUCGCUCACAGUACCGAUAAUGAAGUGUCAGUUUACCAUAUCGAGAAGCGGCGGUUUGUAAAUGUUUUUACCGAUGACGGUUGCGUCAAUGGCUCUUUUAUAACGAUUUGCCCAAACGGCCGCUUUGUAGCUACCGGAAGCAGACAAGGGAUCGUCAAUAUAUACCUUCUGGAAAAACUGUUCAAAGAGAAAUUUCCGGUUCCGGAGAAAACUAUUUCCAAUUUAACCACUUCCGUGGGUUCCAUUGCAUUCAACCUCAGCAGUGAACUAUUGGCGAUUUCUUCUCCUGAAGUGGAAAAUGCCGUCAAACUUGUGCACAUGAAAAGCGGAACUGUUUAUCGAAAUUUUCCGACGAUGAAGGCCUCAUUAGGUCAUGUAACACGCGUGCAGUUCUCGCCAGGCGGAGGUUAUUUUGCGAUGGGCAACCGGGAAGGAAUCGUAACGUUAUUUAGAGUUAAGCAUUAUCAAAAUUAUUGA